AUCUAAAAUAUAUAUAUGAUUGUCUGGAUUGAUAAUUAACAUGGAUGUGUCAUUACAAAAAAAGAGGUGGAGACCCGAGAUAGCCCCUCCCACAGAGGAGAUUGUGACCGAAGGACAGAAACAGCUGAAGACUCUACUGGAUAAACAGCUCCAGAAAGAUGUCACAAUUCAACAACAGUUGGCCCAAAAGCGGACUUUUACCUCUGCAUCAGCCCACUGCCCAGCAGUUAACUCACUUUCAGGACUGACAUCUUUGGACCACUUUCAAGAGGUAGACAAACUAGAUACCUAUACAGAGGAACUGAAGAAAUGUGGCUUAACAGAAGAGGAGAUUCAAAUUAAAAUGAUGGCUGAUGAUUCACACAAGUCACAGAAGAAACGGAAUUUUGGUAUAAAUCCUUUAAUAUUGGAUGAAAAAUUGAAGAAAAUAGAGGAAAAAAUUGAAAAGAAAAUGUUUGAAUUGAAUCAAAGGGAUAAAAUUCAUGGACAGAAAACUUUGACAAGACAUGAAAUGGAAUUGGAAAGAUCACUCCUCAGAGAUUGUACCUCUGAUGAUAACAGAAAAGUGAUUCAAGCAUUAACAACGGUUCAAGAUCCAAGGGAGACUACUCUACCAAAAGAUCCAAUGAACCAUCUCCCGGAAAUAUUAGAAAAAAUAACCAGAAAGCCAGAGAGGCACAAAGGACGAAAAAACAAACCAAAUGACUUAACUGAUAACUCUGAUGUACAUUGCCAAGUUGACAAAGCUAAAUAUGAAUUCAAGGAUAGUUCUGGUAGUGUUUUAGAAGACAAGCAAACAGAAGUAGAAUUUGAAGAAGAAUUUGGUGAAAUAGCAACCUGUGAGCCAAGGCCCUUAACUCCUGUACCAGAAGUUUCCAUGGAGGACAUUCAGAAAAAUAAACUUACAACUGAAGAAAUUAAGAUGCUACCAAAGUUUGGAAAUUAUCACCCUGGAGACCCUAGUAAGGUUCUUUACUUAAAGAACUUGUCAGGAAAAGUUCAUCAGCAAGACCUGGAGUCCUUAUUCAAGAAGUUCCAGAAAGAGGGAUCAGAUGCCCUUAAUUACAGGGUGAUGAAGGGCAAAAUGAAGGGUCAGGCAUUCAUUACAUUUCCUGAUAUUGAUACAGCAUCGUAUGCCAUGGAAUGCGUGAAUGGUUACAACUUAAAAGGUAAACCUAUCAUUAUCCAGUUUGGAAGGAACAGCCCCAGUAGCCAGUCAGCAACUUGAAAUUGUUUUAUUAAAAACAGAGAUCACAAUAAAUACCGAAACUUAAUAAA